CGGAUGUCGACUUACCUAUCCCUAACGCAUCAAAAGUAUUUAUUAAUAAAAAAGAAAAUAUAAUUCUUGCUAUUUGUGUAAAUCUUUUUGAUAAAUUUUGUAAAAAAUAGUUUGUAAUACUCAGUAAUUGGAAGAAGAUUAGCAAUAUUCUUGUUUUGCAUUUGGUCAAUGGAAAAAAUCAAUCGGAGGGAGCGCACACAAGACUGGAGAAAUUUCGAGGAGAACAAUUGAAAUACAAUAAAAUAGUUAAUUAUUUGUAUUGUCAUUGCCACGGCUGAAAGGCGGCCAGAAGCCUCACUCAAUUUGUGUCGUCCCAACAACAAUUUAGUGUAACAACAAAACGCGCUUAAAAUCGCAGCCAAAAUAAAUAAAAUAUGAAAUGGGCAUUUAUUGCGCCGCAUUGCAAAACUCUAAAAGAAACAGUGUUGUGAACGAAGAAAAUACCAAAAGAAAAAUUUGUUAAUACUAAAUUGAAUGCCAAAGAUAAUUCAUAAAGAAGAAAAUCUCAAUACAAGCAAUCAAUUCUAAUUUCCAAACAAUAAGCUACAAAAAUUCACAAAAUAACAAACAAAGAAUCUCACUUUGCCACUGAUCGGUCAAUUGUUUACAGAAACUAUUUUCUGAAAGAAAUCGUGGCUGACGCAGCACCAAAGUCAUCUGCAACAAUUGAUUUCUCGCCAUCUUUACAGGCAAUGCCUUCAGCAGUAGGUGGUGCCGGUGGUCAUGGCUCUGGCGGCCAUAAUGCCAAUAUACCCAGCAACGAAGAGUGUGGUAUACGUGAUGUCUGGAAACACAAUCUGGAGGAGGAAUUUCGUACCAUACGUAAAGUUGUGCAAAAAUAUCACUACGUUGCAAUGGAUACGGAAUUUCCGGGCGUUGUGGCACGUCCUGUGGGUGAAUUUCGUUCAACGUCCGAUUAUCACUAUCAAUUGUUGCGCUGCAAUGUCGAUUUGUUGCGUAUCAUCCAGCUGGGUUUGACAUUUAUGGAUGAUGAGGGUAAAACCCCACCCGGCUACAGUACAUGGCAGUUCAAUUUUAAGUUUAAUUUAAGCGAGGACAUGUACGCCCAAGAUUCAAUUGACCUAUUGCAAAAUUCUGGCAUACAAUUCAAAAAACAUGAAGAGGAUGGCAUUGACCCACUAGAUUUCGCUGAACUCUUAAUGUCUUCGGGAAUUGUUUUGGUUGACAACAUAAAAUGGCUUUGUUUCCAUUCGGGCUAUGAUUUUGGCUAUUUGCUAAAGUUGUUGACCGAUCAAAAUUUGCCCGCAGAUGAGAGUGAAUUUUUCGAUUUGCUGCACAUUUAUUUCCCCAACAUCUAUGACAUUAAGUAUUUGAUGAAAUCAUGCAAAAAUCUUAAAGGCGGCCUCCAGGAAGUGGCCGAUCAGUUGGAAUUGCGUCGUGUUGGACCGCAACAUCAAGCCGGCUCGGAUGCCCUGCUAACGGGAAUGGCUUUCUUUAAAAUGCGUGAGAUGUUCUUUGAGGAUAAUAUUGACAAUGCCAAAUACUGUGGACACUUGUAUGGUUUAGGCACAUCGUUCAUUGUAAAUGGAGCCAAUUUCCACGAAAGCAAUGGUGAAAAUACAAAUGCAACGUGAUUUAUAAUCGAAGAGCGAACGCAAAAUAUUUUUGCACAUAAUUUAAAAUAAAUAAAAGAAAAAAUCUAACUAAAUUAAGAUGAACAACAAAAAUGAAACAAAAGAAAACUUGGUCCUAAAAUGAAAAAGGCAAAGGCAAAUACUGGCAAAAGGAAAAAAAUAAAUGGCACGUUUAAACGUCGAAAAGAACAACAAAAAAGAAAUAAAACAAAACCCAAUUAUUCAAAGCAUAAGAUUAAAAUAAAUUAUACACCCGCAGUAAAACCCUACCCCCAAAAUAUUUCUAAAACCCAAUGGCGAAAAAAAUAAAAAUUAUUAUAGAAAAAAUGUUUUUACAAUUUGCAAUAGCAUGCAUACACACAUACAUUUAUAUUAAAAAAAAUAGUUUUAUUAUUCUACCAAAAAAAAAAGAAAAAAAAUAAAUAAAUAUCCAAAAAAAUUGUAAAAAUUCUAAAAAAACAACAAAUAUUUAAACAUAAAAACACAAUGUCUCUUAUAAAGAAAAUGUUGGUUGAUUGUAAAAUGUCCCCUCUUCCCCUACAGCAAAGAUUGCAUCAAACAUACACACACACAAAA